CGGACGCUGUCGUGAACUUUUGCCGGUGUUGAAGUACCCCUGGACCCAUUCCGUCAACUCUGUUAAACUCUCAGAGUAUGGGCAGUGUGUUGGCUGCCGCCUCCCCCAGUCCGGCACCAGCCGCAGCUGGAGGUGGUCAGGGGGUCGCAGGGUUGGUGUCCGUCCCUCCAGGGUUCACUAUGCCCCCAGUAUCUUCCGUCCCUUCAUCAUCUGACCAGCAGACAGCAGAUGCGGAUUCCCCACUCCCAAAUCCAGGCACAUAUGAGGAGUGCCACCGCAAAUGCAAAGAGGUGUUCCCUCUGCAGAUGGAAGGAGUGCGGUUAGUGGUCAACAAGGGCCUGAGUAACCACUUCCAGGUCAGCCAUACGGUUACCCUCAGUACUCUUGCUGAGUCUGGUUAUCGAUUUGGUUCCACCUACGUAGGCAGUAAACAGACUGGACCAGCAGAGUCAUUCCCAGUCAUGGUUGGAGAUAUGGACAAUACUGGCAGUCUGAACGCCCAGGUCAUCCACCAGCUGACGUCUGCUGUGCGCUCCAAAAUAGCCAUCCAGACUCAGCAGCAUAAGUUUGUGAAUUGGCAGUGUGACAUGGAGUACCGUGGUGAAGACUUCACCUCCGCUGUGACACUCGGAAACCCAGACAUACUUGUUGGAUCUGGCAUUUUGGUGGGCCACUAUCUCCAGUCUAUCACACCAUCGCUGGCACUGGGUGGUGAGAUAGUCUACCACAAGAGACCAGGGGAGGAAGGAACUGUCACCUCCCUCUUGGGCAGGUACACAGCUGAGAACUAUGUAGCUACAUUGACUUUGGGUGGAGCAGGAGCCCAUGCUACAUACUAUCACAAAGCCAAUGAUCAGUUGCAGAUAGGAGUUGAAUUCGAAGCCAGCACAAGGAUGCAAGACACCACAACAUCUUUUGGUUACCAGUUGGAUGUUCCCAAAGCUAACUUGCUCUUUAAAGGAACGGUUGACAGUAAUUGGGUGGUUGGGGCAACUCUUGAAAAGAAGCUGUUGCCAUUGCCUCUCACACUGGCCCUUGGGGCUUUCCUCAAUCAUCGCAAGAACAAGUUCCAGUGUGGGUUCAGUGUCACCAUUGGCUAGAGGAGCUGGAGCUGCCUGGAGCCAGCUCGCAGGCCACAGCUUGGACCGGCACACAGACACACGGGAACCUGGACUGAGUUUUAGAAAUUGGAUUCAGAGACUCUCUUACAACUGUGAUUUCUGGGACAUACAGAGAGAUAAAGACAAAUACCAAGGAGCCAGGACUGGCCAAGCCAUGCCUACAUUCUGUAGCACAAAUGUCUUUCCUUUAUGGUGUAUUGGAAUAUACCCAGAGGCUAGAGAGAUGUAUAUCAGAAGGCAUCAGGUGAUGCAUGAGAAAAUGUGAUGUUAAAAUCAAAGUAAGUGGUUAGACAUAAUAUAUGGUGAUCAUGUAUGAUGGAUUGAAAUAAAUGUGAUUACGUUUUGUA